AUGCAUCCAUCCCCUGAUGAACUCAAAGCAUUUCAUGCUCAUUUUGAACAGAACAUCAGUGAAAUGAUGUCACCUGCUCCGACAGCCUUGGGUGCACUUGUACCCAUGGUCACUGCCGCAGACGCCAAAUCGGCCUUCUUGAGAGUGAACCCAAGGAAAGCAACUGAACUGGAUGGAGUCCCCAACCAUGCACUUAGAUCCCAUGCAGACCAGCUUGCAGGAGUAUUUGCAGACAUCUCUAACCUCUCCAUACUUCAAUGUUGCUAUUUUCCAGAUACUGUAGUGGAGAGCAACUGGUCAGCACCAAAUCCCAACUUGAAAGUGGUUACCGGGAGGCUGCAGCUUGCCGGCACUUUCUCCAUCUUAGCCGGCGUAGCCUCAUAUCUUAAGAGUGGUUUGCCUUUGAGAAUUAAGGUCAAUGUAGCCCAGGACUACAACUCCCAUAGUGCCUCGGUUCCGGGGUAUUGUUUCCGGCGCCGGCACGUUACUUCCGGCGGGGUGACCUUGCCCGAGGAGAUGGAAAUGGCGGCCGUUGUCAGGCUGAGUCUGAGCUGUGGACGCGGCUUUAAGCCAAUGAUCUUCAGUAAAUCAUUAGUGGUUGGACCUCUGAUUGCUUCCAGAAAGAUCCAUCAGCCUCCAGUGCUUUUGACGUCACAGAUUCGCACGUCUCCUAGCCAUUUGAAUGGUUCGAAAGCUGCCUCGCUACAUUGGACGAGUGAACGGAUAUUAAGUGUCACCUUAUUGGGCCUUUUUCCUGCUGCAUAUUUCUACCCAGGAACUGUCAUGGAUUACUCAUUGGCUGCAGCUGUUACUCUCCAUAGUCAUUGGGGUCUUGGACAAAUACUCAUAGAUUACGUACACGGAGAUACCAAGGUGAAGCUGGCCCGGGCAGGCCUCCAUAUCCUGUCAGCAAUCACUUUUGCUGGCCUGUGCUACUUCAAUUACCACGAUGUGGGAAUCUGCAAGGCUAUUGCAAUGCUCUGGAGCCUCUAACACAUUAACUGAUUGUGGUAGCGUCCUUUUCAGCUGAACCAUUUCUGGGCUCACUUUGAUUUUUAAACAUAUAUAUAUUUAAUUUUCUUGACAAAUCACUAUUUCGUUCAAAAAGAGCUGACAGAAUGGAAAUGUUUUCCGAAUGUAUCUUUGAAAUCUUUGUUACACUGAUUGUAGAUGUUGCCUUAUAUCAACCAGUCAUACCACCAGCCUUGUAAAUAAACUGCACUUCUGUGCUUUUCCACAGCCUCCAUACCAUUCCCCAUGUGUGCAAGUUCCCAUUGUAUAUAACUGCAAUAAUUUUCAAAAUCCUGUCCAAAGGGGCUUGUUUUGCAAAAGUGUACAAACCAGUAUUGAUUUGAUUCAGCUAUACAGAUAUCAUCAUUUUAUUGACCCCAAAUUGUUUUAUCACGCAUUUACAACAUAGCAGCUAUUCGGUCCAUUUGGUCAAUGCUUGUUUAUGCUGCGCACAUGCCUCCUUCCAACCAUUUCAUCUUAUUCUUGUGGUUAUACAGUUUCCCAUUAAAUGCAUCCUUGCUAAAUGCCACAACCACUCCACAUGAAAGUGAGUUCCACGUUUUAAUUAUCAUGGUGAAGAUGUUUCACAAUUAUUCAGUUUUCACAAUUUAUUUUCAUUUUUGUCUGAUGGUGAAAUUUCCCUUUUUGCUCCCUUACCACUUGGUCUUGUGAAGUCUGCUCAUUACUAGAGGCUAAAACCCACAAGUGUCUUUUUUAUUGUUUAGCAACAGUUAAUUACAACAAGCAGAAUGCUUUGUAAGGCGUGUUGCUGUUUCAAGUGAUGAAACUUAUUGAUUUUCAUCACUGGAAUGUUUUUGACACAAUGAGGAUGUAUGAGUCAGCAAUUCUUGUUUCAUCGUUGGAUCCUGACUGGAUGUGUGCAAACCGAAGUGGUACUCUUUCCACCUUGUGAAAUGGCUUUGGCAAGGCCCACAUUUCUCAAUUUGUUGCAAUUCAGUGCUGAUUAAAACAAUUAUUCCAAGUUCCCUUUCAUUUUAACAAGCAAUUAAAAUGGGAUGAGAGAGGAUUACUGUGGGCAAGGGGAUAUCUGGUUGCUUGCUUGAUCUGCAGGGGAGAGCCAGGUGGUCUCUGUUUGGGGGCAGACGCAUUGCAGAAAAAGUGAAUUUUAGUCUCUGCUUGGCACUGUCGCACCUGUUGAGCGAGUCUUUCUUUAUAAUAUUUGAAUGCCAGAAAUAAAUUAUAAGAUAUACAAUCUGCAACACUGACUUCACAUGCUGUAUACAUUUCAACGAAAAUAUUUAAAGGGUGUUUGUAUGAUCAAUUUUGAAUUUAGCUUCUAAAAAAUAAUCCUUAGUUUACUGGUAGUGAUCACUAAAGUAGGUUAUCUAAUCAUAAACAAUGAGAUUGUGGAAAUCUGCUGAUAGAAACUUAGGGUGUUGUAAUUUCUAUGCUACGUCAACUUCAAAAGUAUUUAAUUGCAUGCAAAGCCUUGGAAUAUCGGAACGGUGCUAUAAAAAGCAAGUCUUCCAGUAUUAAAACUGAGGAGGACAGAGGGUAUAUGCAGGCCAGGAAUUUGUCCAUCCCCUUCUGUACCAGUAAAGCAGACUACAGUCUAUAGUCAUCUACACAAUUGACUCUCACAAUAGAACCUGCUGCUAACAUUAAAAAAACCCAAACCAUUGUAGAAUAAAAUAAUGUGGAGUAUCAGCUGUCAUUUUGAGAAAUGGGGAGUGGACAUCUUGAGUUUUCCUCCAUACUUCUGAGUAGAGCUACAAUAUGUAACCAAAAGUGAAAUUUUGUUUGGCUGUGAUAUUUUUCUGUAGUUGAGUGAGCAAUUCAUAUCCCUGUCCAAGCAAAUAUUAGAAGAAAGAUUUGGUUGAGGGGCAUAUCCUGGAUUCAUAUCUGAGAACAUUUCCCUUCCUUGCAAAGGAUAUGGAUGUUUAAAAUGUGGUAUUCCACCUUUAUGAUGCAGUGUUUGGGAAUGGCACCCUUUUGGGUCAGAUACUAACCGAUUUCAUUGUCGUGUGUUGGGAUGUUUUCUGUAUCAUUUAAUUACAAUAACACCUUAUUGAUUACCCCGUAAAACCCAACAUGACUUGAAGUUCGAAAGUGGGAGACAGCCAUGUAGCCUGUAAAGUUUGCAGCACCAUCUACCAUGAUCAUGGCUGCUUAUGCCUCAAUUUUUCCGACCAGCUCCCAUGUCCUUCGAUUCCCAGAGACAGCAAAAAUCUAUCUUCAGUGAUGGAUUAUUCAAAACCUACUGGGAAGGAAAUUUCAAAGAUUUGCUAUCUUUGAGUGAUUUCUCCUCCGCUUGAGACGCUGAUCCCAUAUUCGAGGUUCCUUUGCCCAUGGGAAGCAGCCCCAUCCGUGUGGCAGAAUAUCAUUUCAGUUCUAGUGUGGUGCUACUGACUAUAGCAAAAAAAAACUUCUGGAAAUAGAUAUCCAGUUAGAUGGUAUAAAUGAUGGGUAUAAGUAGCAAAUUUUUGGACUCAUAAUUUCCAGUGUCAUUCCAGUAUAGAUUACAUUUAAUGCAAUUCAAUCCUUUGGUCCAAUUGCAUUGUAUUUUUUCUGUCUUGAGGAUCAUCAGUCUUUCUAAGAGGUGCAGUCAAACUAGCUGCUCUUGAUACAUGGCUAAGUUUGAACAAUUUCUUUUUGAAUUUCUAGUGCUGCAGAUUACAAAGCUGCAGAAAUGCUUCCAUCAUAAUUCAUGAUAAUUUAGAGGCUCAGCUGUCAUUUGUCCAUUUUAUGCCAUAAUGCUAUGCAUGUGGCAAAGCAGAUGAGUAAAUUUGCAGAGUUUGGUUUAGACUGACUUGCAAUCUGUGAUUUCAACAUGCAGCACAAAUGCUGUUAGCAUUGGAGGAAAUUGUAAGAAAGGAAUGUGCCCCACCCCCUGAGUUCACAGCACACUUGUAGGGAACUUGCACCAAUUGCUUUUUGCUGUGAUAUAUUCUCCUCUUUCCCCUGUGUUUGAUACACAAGCAAACAUCUGACUGCAGCCACUGGUUUUUUGAGUAGAUCAGUGAAUCUCAGGUGGUAGUGCUUGCAGUAUGGCUAAGAGCGUUGAGUAUUAUAAGGAUCGAAAUUUUCCAUAAUGUGCAAUCUAUUGUUCUGCAGUGAAGCUGGAACAGAGACCUGGUAUCUAUAAGACUGUCCAAUUGUACUCCAAUUUGCAGUUUAAAUUUAGAGGUCAAGUAGAUCCUAAAGACAAGCUUUUCUUAUACAUUUAAUGAAAAGACUAUGAUUGUGCCACUGAAGUGUGACAGAUAUGUAUCUCAAAUAUAAAUGAAUGAAAAGUCAGCAGUGAAUACUGGUCAAUACAGCAUACAUUUUCUAUGUAGUGGGUCAGCUGAACUCUAUGGCUACAUCACGACAAAGCCAGUGAAAUCUCUAUUCAAUAUUACCCUUCCUUCAAUUGAAUAUAAUCAGUUCCAAAUGCAGUUUCCACAAAUGCAAUGCCAUGUUGUACUGGAAUCCAACUGGUCAAAUUAAAUCGCAAGCAGAGCAAUUUCACUUUGCUUGUCUGAAGAUGUGGGAUUUGUUCAAAUGUUAUAACAUUUUGUAUAUUGAGUACAGUCAGUAUCUCGACCAGUGUAAGUGCAUAGUAUGUUCUUUUACAACUGUUUAAAAACAAUUGUUUAAGUAAUAUGUAAUGAUAUAGAAAUCAGCAAUCCUGGAUGUUUCAAAUGUUGAAGAAUCUGUUUCAAUGAUGUUUAUUAUUGGACAUUUCUACAUUCAUACAAAGAGUUAAUUUGUACAUAAUUUACAGCUUUAAGCAAUUACCUUAAGUAGUACUCUUGUAAAAGUUGAAACCAAGUUAGAAUAAACCUAUGCACUCAAUUAAAACAAA